AUCAUGCUCUGCUCACUCUGCUGGACCCGCUUCUUCGUCGUCGGCGUCGUCUUGUUCUUCUUCUUCGGUCUGUGCCUCUGGCAUGAAGCAGAGGUACAAAAUGUCCUUCUCUCCUCCUCCUCCUCUUCCCGGUUCGAGUCCCGCGUUGUAUCUUUCAUCAUGGCUCCCGUGGGCUAUACUUCUAUCCUUCUGAGCUUCGUCUGGAGCCUGCUCUUCUCGAUAUCUCCCCAGUCGACUCAUGCUGCUGUAGUCGGCCUUCCAUCUUACCCUUUGGCAGUAAAAUCCCCCUACCUCUCGACCUGGCUGCCAAGUAAGCAGGCCCUGGAUGUAGCCGGUGGACAGCCGGAAUUCUGGGCGGGACAGGGUCUGAACUGGCCGGUGCUCGCACGCGUCGAUGGCACGCUGUACGCAUUGCUCAAUGGCGGCUCGGCAAGCAACGCUGUCAAGGCCGUUACCAAAGGCAUCACCUACUCUUCCACGCACACCAUCAUCAGCUUGUAUGGGGGAGACGUGAACUUUACUCUGGACUUUUUCACUCCCGUCUACCCAGCAUCGGCAGACUAUCUCCUCCAGUCGCUGCCAUAUUCGUAUCUCACGGUGAACGCGUCCGUCGCGGAUGGAAGGGCCAAAAACGUGCAAGUCUUCAGCGGUAUCGACCAUACGUGGACGGCGCAGGCAGGCGCGGCACAAAUCAACUUGACGACGUCGGGCGAUGCGCAAUUCUUCUGGUUCUACAACCCAAGACAGUCGUAUUACACCGAAAAAGCGGACCAGGCGACAUACGGAUCCGUGUUGUACGGGAGCCUCAGCAGCGAUGGAGAAACGUCGCACGGCAUCGGACCGGCUACCGAUCUGUACUCCGAGUUUGCCGCAUCCGGCUCGCUGACCGGCUCAACGUCGCCGACCUCCGGCACCGGCCUCGUGGCUAUUGUUCAAGAUCUGGGUGCCGUGAGCGACACUCCCGUCGGCACAACCGUUGCUGUCGGCUUGCAGCGCGACAUCGCAGUGCAGUAUCUGGGCCGAGACCAGACAUCAUAUCACCGCAAGAAGUGGCCCUUCAUUCCCGAUGCCAUUGAGUUCUUCUUGAACAACUACAACCGGGCGCGGGAAUACUCCGCCAUUCUCGACGACCUGGUCCGCUCCAACAGCGAGGCGGUGUCAUGUGACUGGGGCAGUGCGUAUGCGGACAUCAACGAGGCCAGCGUGCGGCAAUCGUUUGCCUCGCUGGAACUGACUGUGCCCAAUGACGAUCGCUCGGCCGAGGUGUCGGCAUUCCUCAAGGAGAUUUCCAGUAAUGGCAAUAUGAACACCGUCGACCUCAUCUUCCAGUCAUGGCCCAUUUUUGUCAGCCUGAACCCGGAAUGGAUCAAGCUGCAGUUCAAGCCCAUCUUGUCCUACCUCGCCUCCGGUCGCUGGCCGAAGCCAUAUGUCAUCCACGACAUCGGCCUCCACUAUCCGAUCGCCACCGGCCAUGACGACGGCAUUGCGGAAGAAAUGCCUCUGUUUGAGACGGCUACCAUGUUCAUUUUGCUGCUCGCCUACCAAAAGUUUUCCGGUGAUACCACAUUCGCCGCGCAAUACCGGUCGCUGUUUGACGGCUGGGCGAACUAUCUCGCCGAAAAUGGUCUGUACCCGGCCAACCAGCUCAUCAGCGUCGACGCCAUUCCUCCCUCCGCCAACCAGACCGGUCUCGCCGUACAAUCUGCCAUUGGUCUCAAAGCCGCCGCAGUGCUGACGGGCAAUGACACCUACGCCACCAUUGCCGACACCUUUGUCACGAAACUCUACGACGAUGCACUCGGCCUAGACGGACCCGACUUGGCCUCUAGCACACAUUUCACAUACAACUACGACAAACCCACCACCUGGAACGUCCUCUUCACCGCCUACUCCGACGUCAUUCUCGACCUCCACACGUUCCCACCAGAAGCCUGGGAUCUCCAAUCUACAUUCUACUCCUCCGUUUUCCAACCCUACGGCCUCGCCUUCGCCGGCCCCGUCUCGGACCGCGGAAUCCAAUGGGGCAUCACCGAUUGGAAUCUCGAAUGGGCAGCCAUCGCCACGGAAGAACUUCAGAAAUCUAUUGUGCAAACUACGCAUAUGUUUAUGACGAAUGGGAAAAAUACGAUUCCGUUUGGGACAAAGUAUUUUGUGCAAGGGACUGAGGCUGGUGUGUGGAUUGGGAAUAAGGCGAGAGGGAGUGUGGGGACCCAUUUUGCUAUUGUGGCGCUUCAGCAGGGGGUUUGGGACUAUGAGAGUGCUAGUUAGCUGGUAGUAGUAGGGCGUGAAUUGGAUAGUGGGGGAUUCAAUGGUAUACAGAUGGAUGUAUUAACGAAAGACUGUUCACAGCUGAGUCUUCUUCUUCUUCAUUUG